AUGGCGGGGUUUUUAUCAACUUUACAAAAAUAUAACUCAGAAAUUAAUUCAAUUCAAUUUACUAAUCAAGCAAAGCAAUGGUUAAAUUUAUUUCUUACACCAUCGCAAGUUAAUCAUUUACCCGAAUUUAUAGAACGACAUAGAUUUGGCUUAAGUGAUUUUUCAGUUCUCCCGUGGAAAAAAAACCAUUAUCAAGUCAAGUAUCUACAAUUUUUAGAAACAAUGAAAGAUGGAAGAAAAAAAUAG